AUGGAAAAGGUCUUCACGAGGUCGAGAAGUGGAAACACUCUGCGACAAUCACUACUACCACUACUACCACUACCACCACCACUACCACUACAACGACAGCCUCGCCACGGCCACUCGUCUUCUGGGAUCAAGAGGACAUUUUCGACCUCGAGGACACAUCAUGCAGAUUUUACUCACGCUAUCAUCGGAGGUGGCGUGGUAGGUCUUGCGGUCGCUCGUCAACUGGCCAGACGGACCGGGACGAGUACGAUAUUGAUCGAGAGGCAUGGUUCGGUAGGGACCGAAACCAGUAGUAGGAAUUCAGAGGUGAUUCACGCGGGCAUCUACUACGGCCCUUCGAGUCUAAAGACCAAGCUCUGCAUCCGAGGGAAAAAUCUUCUCUACGACCUCUGCGAGAGCAAAUCCAUCCCUUACCGGCGCACGAAAAAGUGGAUCCUCGCACAGGACGAACGACAGAUGCGACACCUAGAGGACCUCCACACCUUUACCAGAUCGAUCGACGUCCCUACAAAUUUCCUGUCGCGUCGGGAGAUUCAAGAGCGAGAACCCGACGUGCGCGCCGAAGCGGGUGUCCUCGAAUCCCCGACAACAGGAAUCGUAGACUCUCACGCUCUCAUGUCGUAUUUGGAAGGUGACCUGGACGACCUAGGUGGGGAUCAGGUCUUGCACACCAUCGUGACCGGCAUUGAACCGGUCCGUACCGGUACCGGCAACGACGGCAGUAGUACAAUAGGAUCUUAUGAGAUCCGCACACGCAGCCGUGACGGAGCGGGAGGUGAAGAUACCAUCACGGCCGAAUGUUUGAUCAACGCGGCAGGUUUGGGUGCGAUGAACAUAAACAACAUGGUCCUCCCGCCUGACCGACACAGGACGGCCUUCUUCGCAAAGGGCACUUAUUUUUCCUACGCCGCGUCCAGACCAAAAGUCAAGACUCUGUUGUACCCCGCCCCGACCCCGGGUCUGGGAGGGUUGGGCACCCACUUGACCCUCGACAUGGGCGGCCGAGCCAGGUUCGGCCCCGACGUCGAGUGGGUGGACGACCCUACUGACCUGACCCCGAACCCUGCGCGGCUCGGGGACGCCAUCAAGGUCAUCCGAACCUAUCUGCCCGGCGUCGACGUCGGAGCCAUCGACCUCGACUAUUGCGGCGUCAGGCCGAAACUGAGCAGGGGAAGUAGCGGCACGUUCGGUGUCGACGGCAAAGGGUUCGAGGAUUUCAUCGUCCGUGAAGAAGAAGGGUUCCCCGGGUUCGUGAACCUGUUGGGCAUCGAGAGUCCCGGGCUGACCAGCUCCUUGGCCAUCGCCGAACGCGUCGAGGACAUCUUGUACGGUGAAAAGGCAAAGGUAUGA